AUGGACAAUCUUACCACGCAAUGGGGGAAGGUGGGACGCAUGGUGGUGACACUUGGCGCCAUCGGUCUCAUCACCUUCUGCUAUAGGCUCAUUCAAGCACGACUGGUUUUCUACCGUCUAAGGAAGAAGGGUUUGCCGACUCCUCCUUGGAACCCCGUCUUAGGGAAUUUAGCCGCGCUGGCUGCACUGCAGAAGAAUGGCCCAAGUGACCUUCGGGAGGCGGAUUUGUUUGCUUACUAUGCUGCGGAGACGAAAGGUCUGGAAGCCGGCUUCUACGUUGAUGUUUGGCCCUUUGCAGCAGAGCCCAUGUUAUGUGUGACAUCGCCCACCAUGGCGAUUGAAGCUUGCCAGACACAUGAUUUACCAAAACCAAAGGCCCUCCAGUCAUUUAUCAAUCCAAUGGCUGGCGGCUCAGACAACAUGUUUGUCACUAAUGGUGCCAUUUGGAAACACGCUCGAGAUCUAUUCAGCCAUGGAUUCAGCAUGUCCGCCUCACUAGGUCAUAUGAAAUGUAUUCUGGAAGAGGCUAAUGUCUAUGUCAAAAUUCUGAGGAGCCAUGCCCAGAAAGGAGAUACCUUUUUACUUGAUCCACUCACUUGCGCCUAUGGUAUGGACAUUAUUGGAAACAUAACCUUAAACACACGCUUCAGAUUCCAAGAGGACCAGCGUAACCCAAUUGCUGCAGCAAUGCGGGAUACUAUUGAACAACAAUUUGGGAUCGAGACAGGUGGUUUCUUACAGUGGAGUCCAUAUCGACUUUACAAACAGUGGCAGAAUUCACGUACUAUGAACCAUCAUAUUGGAGUUGAGCUAGAAAGGUGUUUCCAAGACUGGAAGCACAGCAAUCAAUUGAGCCAGUCAAGCUCACGCCCGAGGUCGAUUAUAGACAUCAUUCUCGCCGAGUACAUGAAAACCCGACCCAAUGCACAGAAGCAGACACAUCUCGACCCGGAAUUCAAAAAAUGGGCCACCGUUCAAACCCGUUUAUUUUUAUUUGUUGGCCAUGAUUCGGAGGCAGCAACCAUUAUUUACUCUAUUUAUCUGCUAUCCAAAAACCCCGUUGCACUUGCUAAGGUUCGCAUGGAGCAUGAGACUGUUUUUGGACCUGGUGUCAGUGCAUACGACGUGCUUAUGAAACACCCCGAAAACAUCAAUCAGCUUCCAUACACCCAUGCGGUUAUCAAGGAAACUCUCCGGUUGUAUCCACCCGCAAAUGGUCUCAGAGGUGGUCAAACCGGUGUUUCUCUCCAUGACGAGCAUGGGAGAUCCUUCCCCACAGAGGGCGUCAACAUUUGGAUCAUUCACACUGCCGUGCAGCGUAAUCCAGCUUUCUGGCCUAAACCACACGACUUUAUUCCAGAGCGCUGGCUGGUCGAAAAGGACGAUCCAUUAUACCCCCCAGCUGGAGGUUGGCGACCAUUUGAGCACGGGGCCCGACAGUGUAUUGGUCAGAACAUCUCGCUUAUGGGUGUCAAAGCUUCGCUUGUCAUGGUUUUACGCCAGUUUGAUUUUCAUGAUGCGUAUGCUGAGUAUGAUGCCUUGCAUCCUUCAGGAAAUGGCUUAAAGACGAUGUUCGGUGACCGAGUCUACAUGAUUCAGAAGGGAUCUGGGCAUCCAGCUCAUGGAUUCCCUUGCAAGGUUAGUCUCCGUGAUGCAUAA